UGGCUAAUAAUAUCAAAUAGUCGCGUUUGAAUUUCCAGAGAGGGAGGGAGAGAGAGAGCGCAAUGGGAAGUGAAGAGGAGAGUGCAGUGAAGGAGCCAUUGGAUCUCAUAAGGCUCAGUCUUGACGAGAGAAUCUACGUUAAACUCCGUUCCGACAGAGAACUCCGCGGCAAACUUCAUGCUUAUGAUCAGCAUCUUAAUAUGAUUCUUGGUGAUGUUGAAGAAAUUGUGACCACAGUCGAGAUUGAUGAUGAAACAUAUGAAGAGAUAGUGCGG